UUGCUUUGUUUAAAUAUUUUAAACACCAGUUCCCAGUUUCGAAGCACUUAAGCUGAAAAGGAAAAAAAAAACGUUCCAUUGAAGAAAAUAAAGUACAGAAAAGCAAAACCAAAGCUUAAGAAUCCCUUCCCGUAUUCUUUCUCUGGAAAGAUCAUUCUUUAUUUUUUGGGAAUCGAAGAUCUGAUAACAGUUUUGUAAACAUUUCAUUAGUUCCGGAGAGAUCCAGUUUCUCUCCUGAUCUCAAAUCCAUGGCGCUUUCAAGAACUAAGCUACUUUUUCUGUUGUUCGCUUUGUCUUACGCAAUUGUCUCCAUUGCAGGGAAGAGUUAUUACGAUAUAUUGCAAGUAUCGAAAGGAGCAUCGGAUGAGCAGAUCAAAAGAGCGUAUAGAAAGCUGGCAUUGAAGUAUCAUCCUGAUAAGAACCCCGGCAAUGAAGAGGCCAAUAAGCGAUUUGCUGAGAUUAAUAAUGCUUAUGAGGUGUUGUCGGAUAGCGAAAAGAGGGGCAUAUAUGAUAGGUAUGGCGAAGAGGGCCUGAAGCAGCAUGCUGCCAGCGGAGGUGGAGGAGGAGGGAUGGGAGUCAAUAUUCAGGACAUUUUCAGCUCGUUUUUUGGUGGAGGCCAGGCAGAAGAGGAAGAGAGAAUUGUGAAGGGCGACGAUGUAAUUGUUGAAUUGGAUGCAACACUUGAAGAUUUGUACAUGGGAGGGUCGCUUAAGGUUUGGAGGGAGAAAAACAUCUUAAAGCCGGCUCCCGGUAAACGACGUUGUAAUUGCAGAAAUGAGGUCUAUCAUAAGCAAAUUGGUCCUGGGAUGUUCCAACAGAUGACUGAACAGGUUUGUGAGCAGUGUCAAAAUGUGAAAUAUGAACGAGAGGGGUACUUUGUCACAGUUGAUAUUGAGAAAGGAGUGCAAGAUGGACAAGAGGUGGUUUUCUAUGAAGAUGGUGAGCCCAUAAUAGAUGGAGAACCUGGAGAUUUGAAGUUCCGCAUUCGUACAGCACCCCAUGACCGAUUCAGGAGGGAAGGCAAUGACUUGCACACCACUAUCACUAUAACACUUGCUCAAGCUCUUGUUGGUUUUGAGAAGACCAUUAAACACCUUGAUGACCAUUUAGUAGACAUUGGCAAUAAGGGUAUUACUAAGCCAAAAGAAGUAAGAAAGUUCAAAGGGGAAGGAAUGCCAUUGCAUUUCAGCAACAAGAAAGGAAAUCUCUACGUUACCUUUGAGGUUUUGUUUCCCACAUCGCUUACCGAUGAUCAAAAGGCGAAAAUCAAGUCCAUUCUUGGCUAGGAUUAGAAGAUAAUCAUAUUUUUGGGGGAAGGGUUGGCUCAUAAACUGUUCCUUUUGUAACAUUUGAUGAGGAUACAUAUAAGCUAUGAAAUCUGGAGGGUUUCAAAAUUCUCUUCAUUCCCUUUGUUACCAUUGUGCGCCUUCAUUAACAAAUUAGUUUGCAGUGACUGAAGAAUGACCGGAGAGAAAGUCUUUGGUAUCGAAUACGUUUAAGUUU